GGUUUGUUGUCAUACACACACCGACUGUCUCCGCUUUUGGAUCCGUGUUUCACCCUGAAAGCACUUUUAAUCCCAGUGUGUGUGUGUGUGUCUUUGUCGCUUCCGUGCCGUGUGUGUGCGCACAGUGUUGGAAUGGGUCCAGACGGACAGGUGACCCAGAGUUAACCGACACACAACGGAACACCUCCACCGUAGCUCUCUCUCCGUUCCUCCGCUGCAACCAGCCGCUACUCUCCCCGGGGUUGACCCGCUCCGCCUCGCCCUCCCACCGGACUCCUCCUCGGUGUUCACCUCGGCAGAAGAAAUGUCGGGGGACAAAACAAACAUUCCCAACGAACUGUUCGAGAGCGUGCGGGAGGCGGUGGGCCGGACGGUGAAGCUGACCCUGAGGCGCAAAGUCCAGCUGGAGGUCAAAGGUGACAAGGUGGAGAACAGAGUGCUGGCCUUGGCGUCUCAUCGAGCCUAUCUGCUGACAGCACGGGUCCCUUCCAAGGUUGAACACUCCUUCAGCUACCUGGAUAUCCAGGGAAUCAGCAGCAACAAGCCCACUCAGUUGGUGUUGGAGUAUGAGCGGGGUCCAUGGAACCUCCGGCUGGGCUCAGUGGAGGAAGUGGACGAGGUGAUCGCCCACAUCGGCAGCUGUCUGCACCGCAUCAGCCCCGCCGUCUCACCUGUGAAGGUGAUGAGGAAGUUGAGUUUGAAGCCCCCAGAGAGGACGGCGGCCCUCCAGGCCAUCUGGGAUGAGCAGGGCUCGGCAGAUCUGGGACCCUGUGGCGGUUUUUCUCAUCAGUACUGGUGUGUGUGUGAUUACCUGGGUCUGCCGUACAGAGAGGAGGUCCAAUGGGAUGUGGACACCAUCUAUCUCACACAGGACACCAAAGAGCUCAACCUGCAGGACUUCGUCCACCUGGAGAACAGGGAUCUGGUGGCGAUCAUCGCAGCUCUAGAACACAACCACUGGUUCACUAAAGUCUCCACCAAAGACUACAAACUGCCGACAGAUGUGUGUGACCAGAUCCUCAGAGUGGUGGCUCGAUCCAGUCGGCUAGAAGAGCUGGUGCUGGACAACGCGGGACUGAGAAGUGAUUUUGCUCAGAAACUGGCCAGUGCGCUGUCACACAACCCAGCCUCCACGCUACACACACUCAACCUGAGCAACAACUCACUGGAGGACAAAGGUGUUUCUGCUCUGAGCGCUCAACUCGCCAAACUGCCCUUGGGUCUGAAGCACCUGAACCUCUCCAGGACCUCCAUGUCUCCUAAAGGUGUAAACAACCUCUGUCUGGCUCUCUGUAACAACCCGGCCGUCGCCUCCACCCUCACACACCUCGACCUGUCGGGAAACUCGCUCAGAGGCGACGACCUGCAGAACCUGCACAGCUUCCUGAGUCACCCAAACUGUCUGGAGACUCUGGAUGUGUCCAACAGCGACUGCUCUCUGGAGCAGGUGUGUACGUCUCUGCUCAGAGGAUCUUUGAAGCAUCUUUCUGUCCUCAACAUGUCAAAGACCGUCUUCUCUCACAGGAAGUGUAAAGAAAUCCCUUCGCCAUUUAAGCAGUUCUUCAGCUGUGCUCAGGCUCUGAGCUCCGUCAGUCUGUCGGGAACCAGACUGCCGGUGGAGGCUCUGAAAGCGUUGUUGUUGGGACUCGGCUGCAACCCAAACCUCAGUGACGUGUCUCUGGAUCUUAGCUGCUGUGAGCUGCGUUCGGGGGGCUCCCAGAUCUUGGAGGGUUGUGUCGCUGAGAUUCCCAACAUCACCAGUUUGGACAUUUCUGACAACGGUCUGGACAUGGAUCUGACCACUCUGCUGGUCUGGCUGGCCAAAAACCGCUCCAUCAGACACCUUUCACUGGGCAAAAACUUCAACAACAUCAAGUCCAAAAAUGUGGCUCAGGUCCUGGACAACCUGGUUCAUAUGAUCCAAGAGGAGGAAUCGCCGCUGACCUCGCUGUCCCUGGCUGAUUCCAAGCUGAAGGCCGACCUCUCCAUCGUCCUCAACGCUCUGGGCAGCAACACCUCUCUGACCAAACUGGACAUCAGUGGAAAUUCCAUGGGAGACAUGGGGGCCAAGAUGCUGGCCAAAGCCCUGCAGAUCAACAGCAAACUCAGGACAAUAGUGUGGGACAGAAACAACGUCAGCCCUCAGGGUCUACAGGACGUCGCUGCUGCUUUAGAAAAGAACUACACCAUUCGUUUUAUGCCUGUUCCCAUCAUGGAUGCUGCUCAAGCGCUAAAGGCGAGUCCAGAGAAGACAGAGGACGCUUUACUGAAGAUGGAGCAGUACCUGCUGAGGAACCAUGAGACGCGUAAAUACCUCCAGGAGCAGGCGUACAGGCUGCAGCAGGGAAUCGUCACCACCACCACGCAACAGAUGAUUGACAUGAUGUGUGUGAAGGUUCAGGACCAUCUGAACUCUCUGAGGUUCACAGAGGCCAACUUGGUCCAGGAGGACAUGAAGGUGGCAGAGAACCUCAUGAAAGACGCCAGAAACUCCAAGACACUGCUCCCCAACCUGUACCACCUGAAGAGUGUGGGGUCCAAGGGAGCGUGUGUUGGAGCCAUUCAGGACAAGCUGGAGUCGAUGGCUGGAGAGGUGGCUAGGGUAAUGGACGAACAGCUGCAGACAAUGAUGGUGUCCAUGGUGGAAGCUGCUGAGGGUCUGUGUCCUCAUGUGAUGAAGAGGAGCACCCUUCGCCCGGAGCUACUGAAGGCCGGAGCAGGGAGGAUGACCAUUCCUCGCAGCUUUAUCACCACCACGCUGCUGGAGCAGUCCGGGGUCGACAUCAUCAACAAGAUCAGUGAAGUGAAGCUGAGCAUGGCAUCGUUUCUGUCUGAUCGCAUUGUGGAUGAGAUCCUGGAGUCUCUUUCCAGAUCACAGCAUACUCUGGCCGACCAUCUGAUCAGGAAGGCUCAGCCUCUGCUGCAUCGGGAGCCGCAGAUGGAGACAGAGGUUCUGGAUGAGGUGGUUCUGCAGCCAAAGAACCACAAUCAGGAAGAGAAACAAAGCCAUGAGCGGGACCAGAAACAUGGGCUGGAGGAUAUGGACACCUGCACGAUGACUCCUAAGUCCAAGAGGAAGAGUAUUCUGGUCAGGAUGCUGCGGCCCGUCUCUGUGGCGUUUGAGAUGGAGUUUGACCUGGACAAGGCUCUCGAGGAGGUUCCUAUCCAUGUUGAGGACCCCCCUCUUCCUCCUCCUCCUACACAUCCAGUGGACAGAAUGUCGGCCUACUAUGGAGACCUCCCCCCUCCUCCUACUCCACCAGUUUGUUUGAGCGAGCUGCCCUCUGUGGAGCACAUGACGCUGGAGCAUUGCACCAAGUCCCGCCCAAAACCCAAGAAGAGGGCAAAACCCAGCCGACAGCCUCGAGAGGCCACCCACAGUGCGGCACCACAAGAGGCAGAGGAGAGCACCAUCAUGGGAAAGCUGGACGAGGGCCUGGAGGACUUCUUCUCCAAGAAAGUCAUUAAACUCAGUUUCAAACUUCCUAAUGUAAGAGGUUCGUCCUCCAACAUGCAGGAAGCAGCAGAUAAGAAACGUGAAUCCAGGAAGAGCGGUUUCUUUAACCUCAUCAAAUCCCGGACGUCCCGCUCAGAGAAAAGCCAUGGAGCUGCCUCCAUCACUCCACCCCACCCUGCCUCCUCCAACAUGGCUCCACCCUCUUCGUCUAUUAGCUCAGUGACUGAGGAAACGACGCCGACAUCCCCCACUCCUCCUGUGAAAAACCCUGGCACUGUGGCGGAGCCCCAUCAGGAGGUCCACAGGGCUCAACCCUCCGACCACAUGGAUUCUGGGAUGGAGGCCACUCCGACUGCCGCUGAACAUGCUAAGGAGGAGAAGGAAGAGGGGGGUGUGGGAGAUGUGGAGAAGAAGGUGAACCUGGAGAAGAAGGAGAAUGUGGAGAAAAAGGAGAACCCCCACAUCCCCCGUCAUAUUGGUGUUCCUGUGAUGGGCAUGGACCUGCUGGCUGAGAUGAAGGCCAGACAGGAGAGAAUGGCUGUAAAGAAGUCUGAGUCGCCAUCCUUGCUGGACAAGGUGGACGGUGACAAAGCCAAGUCAGACGUCCAUCAGCAGUCUGUGCCAGCAGACGCCGAUGAGUCCAAACCAGAGCCGGCUCCCAGGUCAAAACCACCCAGUGUCACCCCCAAACCGCCCCCACCACAUACCACCAAGCCCCCACUGGGGACCCGCACCUCUGGGCCCCUCAGUCCUGCCAGUCCUGCCAGUCCCAGGCCGAGCAGCGCCUACGUCUUCGACGACUCUGCUGAGGCUCCAGCAGGCAGCCCGCCUGCCAAAGGGCCACUUCCUGCUCCUCGCCUGAAGAGGGCGCCUUCAGAGCAGGAGAGAGAGAGCACCAGCAGCAACCCUGCAGGACCCCUGUCUCCACAGGACGUUGAGUUUCCUGUGGACGGCGAUGCGUUCGAGCCGCCCAGCGAUGGUGUUGAACCGGGCAUCGGUGGGAGACCGUGGUCGUCUCUGAAGAGGUCAGCAAGUCCUCCGGCUGCAAGGGAGGACGACCGAGAGCGAGCCAAGUCCCUCCCCGCCUACGUGAGCCCUCCAUCUCUGGCAGACUCAGAUCUCAGUCCAGCUGAGGAGGAGAUUCCCUCUCCGGCCACUGACCUCAAGUCUGACAGCAAAUCAGAGGACGAGUCCGACGACACUCCUUCAGUCUGACACCAACGAGAGGUUCACAGUCUCUCAGACCGACUGAACCGUUGGAGGUCAAUCACACAUGUACAAUCAGAAGCAGAGACAGUGGACAAUGAUUUAUUUUUUACUUCUUUACAGUUCCUGGUGAGGCACUCGUUGACAGAGGGGAAAGUAUUUUGCACGCGUCAGUGGAGUGUUCUGACCUUGGAUCAGUCCCAGCUGUCUGGUCAAAUGGAAGCAAAAACAGCUCCAUUACUGCCUUUGUCAACAGCUCCAAUAGGACCACAAAGAGCAGACCAGAUGGGUUUUAUUUGGUUCAAAGAUGAUCUGUAGCUGCUUAGAUAACCAGGUCCAGCAAUAAAAAGCUCAGUUAGUCCAAAGCACUGAGGAGAAUGACUCUCUAAGUAGGUCCAGACUGUGCUGUGGUGUGCAGGUAGACUGCAGCUGGUAGGUCAGGGGCUGCUCCCAACAGCUCUUCUGGAGAUAGGGCUCUAAAUAUAAACAUGUUCCAAAGAGGCUUUUUAUCCUGCUAACAUUUACUCUUUUGUCUUCAAACGGCAAACUGUCCACAAAUUAUAUGAUGUCACAAUUAGGAGGAGCUGGUAGCCGAGAAAUCCUGCAACUGUUUAAAAGAGGAACAACAAGGAAGAGAAACCGAAGAGAGUCCACACUCUCAGCUGCUAUAGCCAAAGUUCAGAUAUCAAAGUGACGUAUAGAUUCAGACGGAAACUGUUUGUUUUACCAACACUGUUUUAAUUUUCACUGCUAAUGGAGACAACCUGACCAAUUAAAAACUGCUGAGGGUUUUAUUCCAUUUCAAGGAAACAGAUUUGAUGACAUGCAUUGGAAUUAACUGUAUGUAGAAAAAAAACAGAUAUUAUAAUAAGCAAUAGGUUUAAUUUGAUUACAUAUAAUGCAAAUAUUUUGUUGUAUAUAUCACUAGUCAGGGUUUUGCAGGGUUUAUUUGUAACAUUCGUUGUGUCUAGUUGCUUUUUCCUGCAGCUUUCAGCUGAAUCUCAAGGUCUUCAUCAGCAGUGAGUAAACAUCCUGAUUAAACAAAAGCUUUUUUCCAUUGCAGUUAACUCCGAAAAAUUAUCCUGGCAAAACUGAAUUUAGAUCAGACAUAGAAUGGAUCACCAGAAUUUUUUUUCUAAGUAGCCUCUCAGGGCUUCCGUAUGUAACUUUAAAAAAGCAUUUCUCUGAAGGGUUUAGAUAAGUCCCAUUGUUCCUGAUGCUGUUUGUCUUGAAUCGGAAUGUUGUGUCAGCACACAUCAUGAAAUAAGACAUUCUGUUCUAUCUAAUCAGGUUAGAUUUAAGGACUCAAUGAUAGAAACAAAAAAUACUGUAACCAAACCGAUGGUUGAUCUGUAAAUACUGUUCAUGUCAACAUCACGGCAGGAAAACUGUCCCGAAAGGUUCAAUAUAUCCUAACUGGUGCCUUGUACUGUCCAGAAAGGCAAAUGAUACAGACGCCCCAAAUGUAAAGGAUAUGGUGCUAUAUCGUCAGUGCACUGUAUUUUGAACUUUUUUUGUAUCAUGAACACGUGCAAGUCAUAAACAUGGGAAUCCUUACUGUCCGUCUUACGUGAUGUGAACACGGCAGAACCCUCAGUGGGUGGAGACAACAACAGAUAUUUCUUUGUGGCUCCACCCACUGAGCUUUAACUCAAGCAGUGAGAUAAUUUCUGCCAAAAGCUAAACCCUGCUAUAAAAUACCGUAGUUUCCUUUCCACAGAAAACAUUUGGACUUUCUGCCAUUACAUGUCAAAAUGUCCUCUGUGAAUAUCAGUGUCAGUGUUUAUUGCCUCAGAUUCAUAUUUACCAUGUAGGUCAGUUAUCGACACUGCUGCUGUAUCCUCACCAUAACACACCGCUUAUUGCUGAUUUCUGUUAACCAUGUACUCCUGCACUUACUGAUGUAUUAUGUAUCAAUGUGAAUAUGUAAAUAUGUACUAACAUUCCUAUGAGGUUGUGUUUAUAAAAUAAAUGGGGUGUAUAUCAGUUAAAUAUUGUAUUAUGAGCAGAAAAUCGGAUUUAUUAUCAAUGAAACGUGCUGUUGAAUCUGCAUGGAUUUCCAUUUGUCAUACAUGGUGAUGGUUUUUAUUUUAUUGGGAAAUAUUUUUGUGAUUCUUUUUAAAAAAAAAAUCAGCUUUUUUUUUUUUUUUUAAAUUGACUUAAAUAAUGUGUUUUAUUGUUUAUAUGCCAGUGGACCUACAGGCCUGGAAAUGUGACAUCAAGCUGUCAAAUAUUUCUGUAUUUGUAUGUUCAUACCAAUAAAUACUGUUUCACUGUUUA